AGUGGUUUCUCAAUAGCACAAAUUCACAACAAGUACUUGAGCAUCUAUGGGUAUAAUCAGGAGUUGCUUCUCUUUCAGAGCAGGGACAGUAUGUGGAGCUUACUUGGCUCAGAAUUAUCAAGUUCCUAAUGUCACAAAGUUAGCCAACACUGCCUUGUUCAUGGCAAAAGUUGUGGAGGAAAAAUACCGCAAGCCCAAGAAGAGGGAUGAUGAUGAUGAUUAGUGCCUAACAGGUGCUAUAUUGGAAUCAGGUUCUUGUUUAGUUUUGUCUUUUAAAAUCCUGGAUUAUAGGAUCGAAUGCCUCAAUUAACUAAGCUUUUGGAAAACAUGAAUUAGUAGAAGGUUUUUGUCGAAGCAUUCUUAGCAAUUAUGAG